AUGACUGAUCGUCCCAGCACUCUCCAAAGCUUUCCCACCAAACCUCGCGUCUUUAUUGUGUCAGAUAUAUCCAAUGAGCCCGACGACGCCGAAUCACUCGUUCGUUACCUACUCUAUAGCCAUCAAUUCCAGACGGAGGGUCUGGUUGCGUGCACGUCCACAUGGAUGAAGAACAAGGUCUGUCCGCAAGAUAUGCAUAAGAUCAUCGACGCCUACGAGAAAGUCGUCGACAACCUCAAUGCCCACGUUCAUCCCAAUGCCAGAUACCAGCCGGCAAGCCACUUUAGAGGUCUCGUGCGCAAAGGCGCGGAGGUUUAUGGUAUGCAGGCAGUAGGAGAUGACAUACCUCUCAGCGAAGGCGGCGAGCUGCUCCUCGAGCGAAUGCAGCAUUCCAGCGAUCAGCCCCUGUGGAUUCUCUGCUGGGGCGGCACCAACGUUCUGGCACAAGUGCUUUUCCGCAUCGAGAAACUUCACUCCAAGGAGGAAGCCGCCCGGCUGCGGUCGAGGAUUCGCGUUUAUGCUAUAUCGGAUCAGGAUGACACAGGACCCUGGAUUCGUCACCGGUAUCCAGACGUCUUCUACAUUGCUUCUGUUCACGGCUGGAACUACUACGGCAUGGCCGCGUGGACUGGGAUAUCGGGAGAUAGAUACUACAAUUUCGACCAAGGCGGGCCAGAUUUCACCAAAAUGACCAAGGAAUGGAUCCGUGAGAAUAUCCAGAUAGGCGAGUUGGGCUCCGCGUACCCCGACUAUCUCUUCAUUCCUGAGGGCGAUACGGCCACGUUCUUGUACUUGAUUCAGAACGGGCUGGGUGUGCCCGAGCAUCCGGAGUACGGCUCAUGGGGUGGUCGGUACCAGCGGUCUGAUAUCAGUGCCAAUAGCCUUGCCAGCCUCCACUAUGGUGAUGCUGUGGACCAGGUAGUCGGAGCGGACGGCCGGACAUAUAGCACCAAUCAUGGGACUAUAUGGCGCUGGAGAGACCAGUUCCAGAACGACUUUGCUGCGCGUAUACAAUGGACUCUUUCGCCGGACUUUGACGCAGCCAAUCAUGCUCCGGUUGUCUCUGUCAAUGGCGACACCAGCCUGACCCCCUUUGAGGUCGAGGCCGAGGCGGGCUCGACCUUCACACUCGACGCAUCUGAGAGUUAUGAUCCGGAUAAUGGUGACGUUUUGACCUUCGAAUGGUUUCACUAUAAGGACCCUAGUGCAACACAGUGGUGGGUGGAUGCAGAAGUCGCAGAUCUAGGAAUCAAACCUAUUGAUGGACGCCGGAAGGUCGAAAUUACCGUUCCUCCACCAGAGAAAUGCUGCGUGGAGUUGAUGAGCAGGCAACCUAUCCUUCGGGGACAGGUCCUGCAUCUGAUUCUCCAGGUGACAGAUAACGGUUCACCUGCGCUUACGAGCUAUCGACGGAUAUUGAUUCAGACAACAAACCCCCGACUAGAAGGGGGAGGCAAGGGAGCUGAUGCUGUGGGGGACCUUAUGGCUGAGUUUGCCCUUCUAUUCUCCCUCCGUGAAAAGCGAUGCCUUACCAUCAAGUCGAAAUCGAACGUCUUGAAGGCGCUAUCAUGGGGCUGUCCAGGGAAUGCGGUCCGAAACUCCGGCAUUCUCCCCAGCUUGCGUAGACAGGUGGAGUACGAGUCACAUUCAACUUCCACCACGCAACCUACAAGAGUCACGAGUCAGUCCGCCGAAGUUCUGCCGACUGACCUCGCUCUAUUCCAGCCCGAAUAUUCGGCGGCAUUUGUUCCAGCACGGGAAGCUCUAAGUGAGCACCCCAUGCGGGGAGCAACACUCGUAAACCAAAGAAAUCGCGCACCAGAGGCCAACCAUAGCAUCAUGUCUCAACCAGGAAUAAUCCAGCCGUCUUUUGAACAACAUCCUACAGGCUUCGGCGUUGGCUACCCAUCGCCUCGCAUAUCGUGGAGGUUUACUGCCACCGAAAGCACCGCUUCACAAUGGCAACAGACGGCAUACGAAAUCGAAGUGGCUCGCAGCGGCAGUACUGAGAAACACCGGGUCGAAUCAAGAGAAUCAGUUCUUGUGCCAUGGCCAAGUCAACCGCUGCAGUCUCGAGAGGUUGCUAGAGUCCGCGUCCGCUCGUAUGGAGGUCCUGAUAAUGCACCGACCGAGUGGUCUGCCUGGAGCACGGUCGAGUGUGGGCUACUGAAUCGUGAAGACUGGACUGCGCGUGCAAUCACCAGCUUAUUCAAGCAGAAGGAGGGCCCGUUGCGGCCAAUUCGGUUUAGAAAGACGUUCACACUCCCGGCUGCAGCGGCGCGGGCUCGGUUAUACAUCACCAGUUUGGGGGUGUUCCAGGCAUUCAUUAAUGGGGAGCGGGUGGGUGAUCACUGCAUGGCUCCUGGGUGGACGAGCUAUCACAGUCGGUUGAGCUACGAGGUGUUCGAUGUCGGCCCGCUGUUGAAGGAAGGGAAGGAUAAUGCAAUCGCUGUGGAGGUUUCAGAGGGAUGGUAUGCUACGCGGCUUGGUUUCCACGGCGGUAGACGUUUUAUUUAUGGAGACGAGCUUGCGUUGUUUGCUCAGCUGGAAAUUGUUCCGGAGCGUGAACAACAGCCGCUCGUGGUGGCGACGGACUCGAGCUGGGAAUCGCACGAGUCUGCUAUCAUCCGCAGCGAAAUCUAUGAUGGAGAAGUUUACGACGUGCGGGAAGAGCAGCAUAACUGGAAGAGCGCAUCGGCUACUCCAUGGGAAUCAACGCGCGAAAUAGCAAUGCCAGAGACGCAGCUGGUGGCGCCAAACGCGCCACCAGUGCGAGUGACCGAAGUGGUCAAUCCAGUUGAAAUCAUUCGCACGCCGUCCGGCAAAGUAAUCAUUGAUUUUGGGCAAAACCUCGUUGGCCGUGUCCGGAUCCGCUCCGUAAAGAAGACCGUGGGCCACUCUAUCAUUCUCAAGCAUGCGGAAGUGCUCGAGAAUAGCGAACUUGGAACGCGUCCGCUGCGAGUGGCCAAGGCCCAGGACGAGAUCAUCUCAGCAGGACAGGAGAUUUGUGACUGGGCUCCUAGCUUUACUUUCCAUGGCUUCCGGUAUGUUCAGGUUGAUGGAUGGAGCCCUGAAGACGCCGACACCCCUCUUACUCUACAAAGCCUGACCGCCGAAGUCAUGCAUACCGACCUUGAUCGAACUGGUUGGUUUAGCUGCUCACAUCCAAUGGUCAAUAAACUGCAUCAAAAUGCAUGGUGGAGCAUGCGCGGGAAUUUCCUCUCGGUCCCAACCGACUGCCCACAGCGUGACGAGCGCUUGGGUUGGACUGGUGACCUUCAAGUCUUUGCUCCUUCAGCGAGCUUUCUCUACCGGACAGCAGGGAUGCUAAGUGACUGGUUGCAGGAUCUCUCGGCUGAACAGCUGGCACAUCCUAAGGCAGUUCCACCAUUGGUCGUGCCAAAUGUGAUAGACGAGUCUUUCUGGCCCACAUUCCCACAGGCUGUCUGGGAUGAUAUCACGAUCAUCUUACCCUGGACCCUGUAUCAGUACUAUGGAGAUAUUGAGAUCCUCCGCCGGCAGUACCCUAGCAUGGCCGGCUACCUCGAUCGUGGCGUGCAGCGCGGUCCGGACCGUCUCUGGGAUGACACGCUUUUCCAGCUGGGUGACUGGCUUGAUCCUACUGCCCCUCCAGACCAGCCUGGCAACUCUCGCACGGACGGAACCCUGGUCGCCGAUGCCUACUUAGUGUAUAUAACAGGACUCCUUGCCCGCAUCAGUGCUAUUAUUGGAGAAUCCGCCGAUGCCUCCCGUUACAGCACCGACUAUCGUGCCCUCAAGUCGCGCUUUCAGACCAAGUACAUCUCUCCCACAGGCCUUCUCAUUGGAGAUACCCAGACAGCACUCAGUCUUGCCCUAGUCUUUGACCUCCAUGAUGAGCCUGAACAAGCCGCAGCAGCGGGCAGCCGUCUAGCCCGACUCGUCCGGAUAGCCAAAUUCCAAGUCUCUACCGGCUUUGCCGGCACACCUGUCAUAACACACGCAUUAACCAAAGCGGGACACCACCAGCUCGCCUAUCGCAUGUUACAAGAAUCCAACUGCCCCUCAUGGAUGUACCCGAUCCGCAUGGGCGCUACCACCAUCUGGGAGCGCUGGGACAGCAUGCUCGCCGAUGGCAGCAUCAACCCCGGCGAAAUGACCAGUUUCAACCAUUACGCUCUAGGAUCGAUCAUCAACUGGCUGCAUAAAACUGUUGCUGGCGUGAGUCCGUUGGAGCCUGGAUGGCGGCAGAUCCUUGUCCAACCUUUACCAGGUGGCACAAUCACAUCUGCCGAAGCAGCCUAUGAGACGUCAUAUGGUCGGUUAGAGUGCCAGUGGGAGAUUAAAAAUGGUGACCAGUUCAAGCUGGAGCUUGUUGUGCCGCCUAACUCAACAGCGAUGGUGAUACUUCCUGGUGGCCGGGACCAAGACAGCAAGCCCGUGGGCUCCGGACGGUGGGUGUUUGAGAAGACAUUCGACGCAAGGGUCGGAUGGCCGCCCAAGGCGCUGGUGCCGCCGAUAUUUGAGCCGGAGGAUACAGAAUAG